UUUGUGAUUUGUUUUCAUAGGUGUCCACAAUCAUGUCUGCAAGUACCACCACACUCCGGUACCCAGGCUAUAUGAAUAAUGAUCUAAUUGGACUGAUUGCUUCCCUUAUUCCCACUCCAAGGCUUCAUUUUCUCAUGACUGGCUAUACUCCGCUUACGACAGAUCAAUCAGUGGCAAGUAUACGUAAAACUACAGUCCUGGAUGUCAUGCGAAGACUGUUGCAACCAAAGAAUGUGAUGGUGUCCACUGGCAGAGACAGGCAAACUAACCACUGUUACAUUGCCAUCCUCAACAUUAUCCAAGGAGAAGUGGGCCCUACUCAGGUCCAUAAAAGUCUGCAAAGAAUACGAGAGCGAAAAUUGGCCAACUUCAUACCGUGGGGACCAGCCAGUAUUCAGGUGGCAUUGUCACGGAAGUCUCCAUACCUGCCAUCAGCUCACCGUGUCAGUGGGCUUAUGAUGGCCAAUCAUACCAGCAUCUCCUCAUUGUUUGAAAGAACCAGCAGACAGUAUGAUAAACUCAGAAAAAGAGAAGCAUUCUUAGAACAAUUUCGCAAAGAGGACAUAUUUAAGGAGAGUUUUGAUGAACUGGAUAAUUCCCGGGAGAUUGUCCAGCAGUUAAUUGAUGAAUAUCACGCUGCAACUCGCCCCGACUACAUUUCCUGGGGUACACAGUAGCAGUGACACAGACUGCUGCUUGCUGAGGGUUUACCGCUGCACAUUCCAUCAUUAUAUGCUGAUAAGUCGACUCUAUUAACAUUUCUGUUUAUCCUUUGUGAAGUGACUAACUGGAAUAUGGUGAAUAUGCAGGAUAGCCAGGCUUAGACCUGCAGGCUCCUGUGCGAAAUGAACAUCUUGGCUGAAUAUCUCCGCCCUGUUCCUUCCCUAGACAUGUUUUAAGGAAGAUUCCAGGUGACAACUAGUGAUGGAGACAUUGAUCAGAAAGUUUAGUUGUAUGACUGUUCGUUCAGGUCAGUGAUUCAGCAACAUAACUGCACAUUUGAUUGUCAUGUUGGUGUGAGCCUGGAGUCGCCCCAGUGAGUUAGUAUAUAGUGUGCAGUCAAACCCUUGUGGUAACAGGUCAUUGACUAUUCCCACAGUUCGGGAAAUACUUCCACUCACAACAGUUUAUUGUAAAAUGAACCAUUUUUGGUAAAAGUCUUUCCCCUUCAUUUUAAUCCACAAUUGGAUAGUUUAAUUUGUAAAUGUACCAUUUAUUUUAAUAUUGGAUUAGUUUUAUAAAUGUUGUGCAGUAGUAGUAUCUGGCCUUGUACUGGUGGGUGAGCAAGGCAUCCAUUGCCUGCUAUUGUAACUAUUUGCCUGCUUGAUCACUCGAUCAGUAGAUGUUGCUUCUCCUGCCAUGUCCAACACCUGUCUGCUCACUUAACCAAGCACUCAGAUUAGUAAAUGCUUCAGGAAAUUACAAUUCUGCUCAUUUAGGCUAACAUUGGCUAGUGUUUUACUUUGGUCACCAUUUUUUGGGUUUCCGGGUAGUGCUAAAAUGU